GGAGGCGCUAAAGGCGGGGGCGCGCGGAGGCGCGGGCUUUGCUCCUGGGGUCUCGGCCUUGGCCAGUUGGACCUGGACCCUAGGGCGCCUUGUGCAGCUGUCCGGACGUGACUGCGUUCAGCCGCGUCGGGCUUGCUUCCCAGACUUGCCCAAGUUAGGGUGCCCUAGCUGCCCCUUUGCAGCCGCGGACCUACGCCUCCCGCGGGUGAGAAGGUUGCGACGGGAGGUGGGUGGAGCUCGCCAGCGCCGGGACCGCGGAUUGGCUGCCUCGGCUUUCUCUUUUCCUCGUGGGGCUCCGGCGUAAGGCGCUGAGCAGCCGGGAGCCGGCCCUCACCGUCUACCGGGUGCCGCUUUGCUUUUGCGGUGAGGCGUUGACCUCGCCCAUAGGAAUUGGAGCUCUCCGUCCAGCAGGAAUUUCCGGAAGGAGUUUGAAUUUUUGUGAUUUUUUUUGCUUGUUUGGUCGGUGGAAUAUGUUGGGAUUUAUGUUUGCCUCUGAACAAGUGUCUUGCUCACCUCGUAAAUGACUUUCUCUCCGAAACGCUAAAUAUUCUGCCCCGCAGGAGCUCACAUCCUUAUUUUCCAUGACAGAUCUUAACGACAAUAUAUGCAAAAGAUAUAUAAAGAUGAUAACUAAUAUAGUUAUAUUGAGCCUGAUCAUUUGCAUUUCCUUAGCUUUCUGGAUUAUGUCAAUGACUGCAAGCACCUAUUAUGGUAACUUACGACCUAUUUCUCCAUGGCGUUGGCUGUUUUCUGUUGUUGUUCCUGUUCUGAUCGUCUCUAAUGGACUUAAAAAGAAAAGUCUAGAUCACAGUGGGGCUCUAGGAGGGCUCGUGGUUGGAUUUAUCCUAACCAUUGCAAAUUUCAGCUUUUUUACCUCUUUGCUGAUGUUUUUCUUGUCUUCUUCAAAACUCACUAAAUGGAAGGGAGAAAUGAAGAAGCGUCUAGAUUCAGAGUAUAAGGAAGGUGGACAAAGGAAUUGGAUUCAGGUAUUCUGUAAUGGAGCUGUACCCACAGAACUGGCCCUGCUGUACAUGAUAGAAAAUGGCCCUGGGGAAAUCCCAGUCGAUUUUUCCAAGCAGUACUCUGCUUCCUGGAUGUGUUUGUCUCUCUUGGCUGCACUGGCCUGCUCUGCUGGAGACACAUGGGCUUCAGAAGUUGGCACAGUUCUGAGUAAAAGUCCUCCAAGACUGAUAACAACCUGGGAGAAAGUUCCAGUUGGUACCAAUGGAGGAGUUACAGUGGUGGGCCUUGUCUCCAGUCUCCUUGGUGGUACCUUUGUGGGCAUUGCAUACUUCCUCACACAGCUGAUUUUUGUGAAUGAUUUAGACAUUUCUGCCCCCCAGUGGCCAAUUAUUGCAUUUGGUGGUUUAGCUGGAUUACUAGGAUCAAUUGUGGACUCAUACUUAGGGGCUAUAAUGCAGUAUACUGGUUUGGAUGAAAGCACUGGCAUGGUGGUCAACAGCCCAACAAAUGAGGCAAAGCACAUAGCAGGGAAACCCAUUCUUGAUAACAAUGCGGUGAAUCUGUUUUCUUCUGUUCUUAUUGCCCUCUUGCUUCCAACUGCUGCUUGGGGUUUUUGGCCCAGGGGAUGAACUUUAUUUCGUUUCCACAGGUUGAAACUGGUAAGUCCAGCUAAAUUUGCAAUUCCAACUUCCAUCCUAAGAAGAAUAAUUGUAAUGGCAAAGCAGAAAUGCCAGCUCCUCCUAUAUUCCAUUGUGAUGGGAUUUCACAUUUUGCUCUCAUCAACUCCCCUGUAACAGCUAGCAUCUUUCUAGUGAAAGAGAAGAAUUCCAAGAACUUAAGCAUAUUUUUUUCUGCUGAAUGGAAGUCUUGAGCAAUGAAGCUAUACUGUCCCUACAUACUGCUAUAUAUUGAACUGAAAGUUCUUACAUAAUCAGUGUCAAGUUUUGUCUUAUUUUGUUUUGUUUGUUUAAACCAGUGUGGGAAAUAAAAGUGAUGAUAUUUAAAAUAGUUCUCAGUUGAAGCAGAGAAAUGCCACUGUGCUAGUUGCCCAAAUGUUAUGUCUAUUUUAAAUAGUUCAGGCUGAUGUGUAUGGAAGCCUAAAUAAGUAUAGUAUCCUGAACUUCUCCCAUUAAUUGCUAUUCACAAUUGGGAAAAGUAUGGAGAUUGGUUCCUAGUGAGUUUUGUGGCCUACUCCACAUUUGUUCUUCCUUCCUCAGGGUUAGUGAUGAAAAAAAGUAAAUAUCUUUUUCAUAUGACCAUUAGAAUGUAUGAAAAAAGUUAUUUUAACUAAAAGCAAAAGAACUUUAUCUUAUAUCUAAAAAAUGUAUACCUUACUAUAGAUGUUUCAGUUGCUCUCUGAGCAGAAAUUAUCUUCAAUUUAAUAUGUGGAAUGUAUUUUCUAGCUUUCUUUGAAUUAUGUAUGGCAGCCUGGUUUAGCAUUGGCAUCCUGAACAGUUAAGAGUCAUUGGGAAAUUAUUGUAUUUCUUUAUGAAUUUACUAUCAUAUCAAUUGCUGGAAAAUGCUAUGGUUUUCUAUUAUUACCUUCUAAGUUGUAUUCUCUCUUACACUGUAACCUCAACUAAGGCAAAUUCUGCUUUUCAGUUUUUUUCUUCACUAUGAUUUACUGUGUGCCAAACGAGUUUUGACAUGGUACAGAGUAUUUUACUAAAAGUAUUUUAAAAUGUUUUUCAUGUGAUUUCUGUACCUUCUUCCUCCUGCCCCUUUUGCUUUUUUAAAGAAAAUGGGGAAGGAUUUAUGAAUAUACCACCAGCAGAGUGGAUAAUGCUUACAAUUCUUUAUUGGUGGCCCUACUAUGGUGAUGAUCUAGAACUGACUGACUUCAGGACAGAAAAAAAAAAAACAAUCACACCCUUAAUCUUUAAGCCAGUCAGAUCAGGGGGUUGCAACAGUUGGGUUAGAACUUCGGGUAUAUAUUGGAAGCACCAGGGCAUGUUUGCUUUUUUCGUUUGUUUGUUUUUUGAGACAGAGUCUCACACUAUGGCCCAGGCUGGACUCCAGCACAGUGGCAUGAUCUCGGCUUACUGUAGCCUCUGCCUCUCGGGUUCACAUGAUUCUCAUGCCUCAGCCACCCAAGUAGCUGGGGUCACAGACGUGCACCAUCAUGCCCGGCUAAUUUUUGUAUUUUUAAUAGAGACAGGGUUACACCAUGUUGGCCAGGCUGGUCUCGAACUCCUGACCUCAAGUGAUCUGCCCACCUCAGCCUCCCAAAGAGCUAUUACAGUUGUGAGCCACUGUGCCCAGCCACCAGGGCAUGUUUUUAAAAAAGUACUGAUGUCUGGGUUUCACACUGCAAAAUUCUGAUUUAUCUGAUCUAAGGUACAGUCUGGAUAUUGAGACUUUUUAAAGCUCUGACUGUACAUUGAAUCAUCAUGUAAGGAGUUUUUAAAACACUGUUGCCAGGGGCCCCUUCUAGACCAAGUCAGUCAGAAUGUUGGACAAUGAGGCCCAUGCAUGGGUAUUUUUACAAAGCUCUCUGGGAGAUUCUAAUGCUUAACCAAGUUGAGAAGCACUGAAUAAGAAUAUCCUGGACCGGGCACAGUGGCUCCUGCUUGUAAUCCCAGCACUUUAGAAGGCCGAGGCGGGUGAAUCACUUGAGGUCAGGAGUUCGAGACCAGCCUGGCCAACAUGGUGAAAUACCGUCUCUACUAAAAAUACAAAAAAUUAGUCAGGUGUGGUGGUGCGUGCCUGUAGUCCCAGCUACUCAGGAGGCUGAGGCGGGAGAAUUGCUGGAACCCGGAGGUGGAGGUUGCAGUGAACCAUGUUUAUACCACUGUACUCCAGCCUGGGCAACAGAGUGAGACUCCAUCUCAAAAAAAAAAAAAAAAAAAAAGAAUAUUUUAAGCACUAGAACUACUGAAUAAGAAUGUCCUAAAGCACUGUAUCUAAGCACUUGAAAAGAAUGGGACUUUUCAGUUUUUGGGAGAUAACUAUUAGCAACAACACAAUAUGUUAUCUUUGUGGAUUAAUAACUUCUGGUAAUUGCAUAGUGUCUUACAGCUACAUCACUUAUAAAAUCAUGUGUCACUUUUCACACAGCCUGCACAUUGUUCUCACAUGCCCUUUUUCUUUCCCCGGAGAUUCAUCCUCAUGACAUACGAGGGGACAAAAAUAUUUAUUGGAACUAUCUUUGGAUUUAGUAGAAUCACUGUAUCAUUAACAGUUUGGGGAAAUAUUGCUUUGCCAUCCUGUAUUUGAAAAUUUAGGUCUAGUUGUGUUUUGCAAUCAAAAUGUUUGAGAUAUUCAAAAACUAAUAGGAUCUGUAUAAAAUAUUUCACUCAAAACUACUGAAAAAAGUCUGGGAUAGCAGCUCAUUAUCAAAUAUACUCCUAUUUUUGUGGUGAUUUAUGAACAUCCCCACUAAGUAUAACUAAAGAUCGUAAAAAGCCUCAGAUCAAGUUUGGUCAGGUUUUGUCACCAAACUUUAUAAAGAAACUGGUUUUCAUAGCUUUUUGGAGAUGAGAAUUGAGGAUAAGAAAUUGUGUCUCUGUCCUUUUUUUUUUUUUGUAAGUCUUAUAUGUAUUUUACUGUAACAUCUUUUGAAUUGGGUAUUUACCUAAUUCAACAUAUUUUUCCUCUUUGCAGAAUGGGCAGUUCAUGUUAAAAACACUUUUCGUGGAAAGAGCUCUAUGUAACAGUAUAAUAAAACUACCUACCUAGCA